UGAAAGAGUGUUUGGUCUAGUUUAUGGUUGCUAUUUUGACUCUCGAUUUUUUGUUUAUAGUUUCUUUGUAUGAUUGGCCGGUGAUAGAUCUACGUCAAACUUUUGAGGUGUGAAACGACAAUACUCUAAUGACUCAUUGUGCUUAGUAGCACUAGUUAUCGAUCAACGGUGGCCUCAAAGUCACAAGGAAGUUCUAGUGCGAAUGGUUCCUAGAAUUUGUCCUCUUUGGACCGUCAUAAGUUGCAAUUGGUACAAAGCUUAAGCUACACCGAGUGUUUGUUUUCUCGUGGCUAAUUAUGCCCUUGACGCUUAUUUACGAGUGCGUCGAGUAGAGAAUGUCGAAGCAAGACCCCUUCAAGCUAUACCUCGUCCGUAUUUCACCGUGUUGUCGCUCUGUUUGGCUUUAUCUCCUUCAGAAUGAUUUACCGGUUGAGCUGAUCGAUGUGGAUAUUUUUGAGGGAGAGCACAAGAACUCAAAAUUCAUGGCCAUGAAUCCUCACCAGGAAGUCCCGGUAUUGGUUGAUGGAAAAACCAUUAUCUAUGAAGGGAUAGCGAUAUUGCGUUAUCUCGCUCAGAAGUACACCAAUUUCGCUGGUUGGGGCUCAACCUUAGAGCAGAGGUCUGAGGUAUUAUCCGUGAUGCAUUGGGGGAGCACUACCCUACACAGAGUCCUCGGCUAUCGUCAUGUCUAUCCACACUUCGUGGAAAAAUACCACUUGAAGUCACACGAAGACACCGAAAAAUUGGUAGAACAAGGUGCGCACGAACUCACCAAGCAACUAGAAGUACUAGAAAGUCAUUACUUAAAGAAGAACCCAUUUCUUUGCGGCAAGGAACUCACGGUAGCGGAUACAUACGUGGCAACAGUGUUGUGUCAAGCAGAAUGGGUGAAUUUGGAAAUACCGAGUUUAUGGCCUAGGGUCUUCGCGUGGUUUACCAAAGUAAAAAGUCAACCCAAGUGGUACAUUGUUCACGAGCAGCAUGACAUGUUCCUACACAAACUAGCGAAAUGUCACGACGAGUUGUGAGGAACGAACAAUUAAUUUGAUUUGGUGUUAAAGGGGAAAUGUCACUCAUCCCGUGAUGCAUUGCUGACUUGCCCUUUCCUCUCCUCAACUUCCCGUUUAUACAUAAUAGCUGCGACGGAUGCUAAUAAGUCGGGAUUUCACUUGUUAUCUUUUACCAAGUACCGACCGUGCAAAUAGCGCAAUCUCCAGCCAUCAUUGCUGGGACCGCAGCGGUCAAGAGAAAUGCUAUUUCAGGUCCAAACAAUGCCAGAAAUGUGGGCUGUUUCUACCAGCAAUGACCAGCAAAGUUCGUUUGCACGGAGUUUAAGUGUCUUUAUCUAGAAAUGUACCGUAUAAUUCACAUGAUUGACACAAUUGACAGCUUUUGAUACUUGUGAAAACAAUGUAAUUCGAAUUGUGUUGCCAUAGAAAUCGCACGACAGCAAUGCAUCAUGGGUUGAGAAGAUCACUAAAAUAACGGACAAGAAAAUAAAUGAACAAAGAACGUCUGAUAGCUAAAUUCCUAGCUAUAUUUAUAAGUUGACAGGCUUUUUGAGCAACUGCCUUAAGAUGCAGAUAAUUGUGGUUUUUGAAGUAAAAUGAAAUUAAUUGACAAAGAAUGUUCUAGCUAUAUUUAUAAACUAAGGGAGCGGUCAUUAAUUACUGGUGGUGCCCCCCCCCCAACACCACAUUUUUAUAUUCAAUAAUUAUAUCUCUUUAAAACCACAGAGACUUGAUAUGCAUACUGAGUGUAGCUGAAUAUAACCUUUACUAAAAUAUAGAUAAGCUAGCAUGGCAAUUUUUUCCUAUUUAAUUUAAGUAUGAAUCUUCACUUUCCCUAGUUUAAAAGUGACACAGAGAUAAACAACAAAUACCGGUGUCGCUAGAUAACGACUACGUCGUCGACGACAUUAGCAAAGACAUUCUAGAAUUUGCAGCAUUUUAAAGUGUCCGUUUUGUUCAACUGAUUAGAACGGGCAGCUUUGUCUGUCAACCAUGAGAUGGAUUCCCAAAAUUUAUUUAUAUAAAAACAAGAUACAAUAGUAGGUAUACAAUAGUAGGAAACAUUGUGAACUGAAUAAAAUUCACAUUUGAACAAUGACUCUCUUGCUCAGUAUUCAGACUUAGAUUCGGCGCCCAAAAAUUGGACCUCCCCUAAAUCGGCGCCCAAAAAAACAUAGCCUCCCCCCUACAUAUUUGCCGCCCCCCCAGUAAUAAAUGACCGCUCCCUAAAUACUUAUGGCAAAAGUAACAAACAUGUAGAUAAAGAUGGUAAUAUUAAAAACAAGAAAAGGUUGUGGUCUAAGGAGAUUACUAAAGUUAUGAACAGGAAAAUAAAUGGAGAAUGUUGAACCUA